AUGAUCACUAAUUCACUGCCCCCACCACACUUUCAUGUGAGCUCCUCUUCAGAGUUCUAUUAAUCUCCGUUACUUCGUUCUGAAGAUCGUUGAUCGGACUGGUACACUGCUCUUCUCUGUUCUUCGCUUACUGACUUCUUCAAAUGAGGUAGCUGUGGUUUUGCGGUUGCCGAUGAGGGGUUUAUCGAUAUCUGCUUCGAUUUCGCUUCUGUUUUUGGUGGAUUUUGCCGCGUUCUUCUCGGUUUUGGCUUUAUCUCACGAUUUGGUGCCUAGAGAUUCUGGAAAAUUCGUCUUAGGACAAGAAAACUUGGGUCCAUGGAAGAAUGAGAUAUUGGAGACUGCUAAAGCCCCAGGAUCUGCAAAUAACGACUCUCAAGGCCCUCUUCUAUUGGCAGCAAAUAGAACGAAGCGUCCAGAUAUUCUUCAUGGGUUUAGGGUGUAUCAAGGUGGCUGGGACAUUGCCAAUCGGGAUUAUUGGGCUUCUGUUGGAUUUACUGGUGCCAUUGGCUUCAUUCUUUCCAUCCUCUGGUUCAUUUCCUUUGGCAUUGCUCUUUUUAUUCAUCUUUGCUGUGGAUGGAAGUUAAACAUUAAAGGCGAAGAAUCAAAGACUUCACAGCGGAUUUGCCUCGCGUUACUUGUACUUUUGACAUGUGCUGCCACCAUUGGCUGUAUACUUCUAUGUUUAGGACAGAAUGAUUUUUACAAUGAAGGUUUGCAUACUUUGAAGUAUGUUGUAAACCAGUCAGACUAUACUGUGGAUACGCUUAAAAAUGUUACAGAAUAUCUCUCACUUGCAAAGACCAUUAGUGUGGCCGAGGUGUUUCUUCCAAUUGAUGUAAUCAACGACAUUGACAAGUUAAACGCGGAUUUAAAUACCGCUGCAGAUACAGUGGCCGAGAAGACGAGUAUAAAUUCUCAUAAAAUAACAAGAGUUUUCAUUGCUAUGCGUUCAGCAUUAAUUACCGUUGCUGCGCUCAUGCUUCUUCUGGCUCUCGUCGGUCUUUUCCUGUCGUUCUUUGGAUAUCAACAUGCAAUGUAUAUAUUAAUAGUCAGUGGUUGGCUACUUGUGACAAGUACAUUUGUUCUUUAUGGAUUGUUUGUAAUCCUUGACUGUGCAGUUUCUGAUACUUGUAUGGCAAUGGAAGAAUGGGUGGAUAAUCCUCAUGCAGAAACAGCUCUUAGCAAUAUCCUUCCUUGUGUUGAUCAUAAAACAACAAACCGGACGCUAAUCCAAAGUAAAAAGAUUGUAAACGACAUUGUGAGCGUUGUUGAUCAAUUUGUGUACAACUUCGCCAAUGCAAAUCCUCCCCCAGGACUUCCCAACUACUGCAACCAGUCUGGACCUCCAAUGCCAGCUCUCUGUUACCCAUAUAACUCUCAGCUGGAAGAAAGUAGAUGUGGCGAUAACGACGUGACUAUCGACAAUGCAUCAACAGUUUGGCAGAAGUUUGUGUGCCAAGUAUCGGAAUCGAAACUGUGCACCACGGUUGGGAGAGUCACACCGGACAUCUAUUCCCAGAUGGUGGCUGCAGUGAAUGAGAGUUAUGCACUUCAGCAUUACACUCCCCCUUUGCUUAGCCUCCAGAACUGCAAUUUCGUAAGGGAAACGUUUCACAACAUCACCACAGGUUACUGUCCUCAUCUGCACCAUCAUCUCAAGAUUGUGAAUGUUGGACUUGCAAUGAUUUCUGUUGGAGUAUUGCUCUGUCUCUUGCUAUGGAUACUAUAUGCAAACCACUUCCAAAGGAGGAGUGAUGUGUUAGUGAAGAUAUCAAUGAGAUCUCACAUUGAUUGUAGAGGAACGAGUGCCAGCGAGGACGUUGAGCCAUGAAGGGGGUGGAUUGUGAGAUCUCACAUCAAUUGAAGAGGGGCACAAGUGCUAGCGAGAAAGCUGGGCUUUGAAAGAAGGUGGACCAUGAGAUCCCACAUCAAUUGGGGAGAAGAACGAAAUAUUUUUAUAAAGAUGUGGAAACCUCUUCCAAGCAAAUGUGUUUUAAAAACUUUGAGGGAAAACCUGAAACGGAAAGUCCAAAGAGGAUAAUAUCUGUUAGCAGUGGGCUUAGGCUAUUAUAAUAUCGUUGUCGAUAAAGCGGACGAAUCCAGUGACAUCAAGCAUCGGAUGAGGAGUUUAGAGAGGUAGAGAAGAAAAAAAAUAGAUAGCAGGUUGGAAGCUUAAGUUUCCUCCUCGAAUGGUAGAGUGAGUAGCUAUAUGCUCAUGUAGUAUAUAUACCCCUUUCAAGGGAUGAAACCAAGGUGGGGCGCAGCGCCAUUUUGGGUGGAAAUAUAAUCAAAGCAAAAUUCAAUUUUCGGUUA